CCGGCUCGUGGAUUGCAGCCACCGUGUAGCUGAGGAUGGCGUCGUGCCGGGGCUCAGUCACAUGGUGCGUGAGUCCGUGAAAACAGUCAUCAUUGGAAACAGACCAGUUCACCAGGGACCUGCUGACACUGGGGGAUCCCCGUCACACCAUGCCUCACAAGAGCAAAAAAGAAAAGGAAUUCGGCAAAUCUGGAAGAGCUAAAAAGUCUGGAAGUAAAAAUGGGCCUGCAGAUGACCAACUUGGCUCAAAUAAAAAGCCGCCUCCUGCAUCUCAGCUGAUGAGGGUAAAGCAUCCAGGGUCACACUCAGAUGUUAAGAGGGAGAAGAGGUUCAGUACCUCCUCCUUCCCCCUCAGUACAAACCGGGAGCUGCAGAAACUAUCUGCACUAGCAGAUGUGGCCCCUACAGAGCAGGAAAAACUCUUCAUCCAGAAGCUACGGCAGUGCUGCGUUCUUUUUGACUUUCUGUCGGACCCACUGAGUGACCUAAAAUGGAAGGAAGUGAAGCGGGCGGCGCUGAGUGAAAUGGUGGAGUACAUCACCCACAACAGGAACGUUAUCACAGAACCCAUCUAUCCAGAGGUUGUGCACAUGUUUGCAGUGAACAUGUUCAGAACGUUGCCUCCUUCGUCCAACCCGACCGGUGCAGAGUUUGAUCCAGAGGAGGACGAGCCCACACUUGAAGCUGCAUGGCCACAUCUGCAGCUGGUGUAUGAAUUUUUCCUUAGGUUUUUAGAAUCACCCGACUUUCAGCCGAAUAUAGCAAAGAAAUACAUUGACCAAAAGUUUGUCAUGCAGCUCCUAGAAUUAUUUGACAGUGAGGAUCCUAGAGAGAGAGACUUCCUCAAAACAACACUCCACAGGAUCUAUGGAAAGUUCCUGGGACUGAGGGCGUACAUCAGAAAACAGAUCAAUAACAUUUUCUAUAGGUUUAUCUAUGAAACUGAGCACCAUAACGGUAUAGCUGAACUACUGGAAAUACUUGGAAGCAUAAUCAACGGAUUUGCCUUACCACUAAAGGAAGAGCACAAGAUUUUCCUUUUAAAGGUUUUAUUGCCUCUGCAUAAAGUCAAGUCACUCAGUGUGUACCAUCCACAGCUGGCCUAUUGUGUUGUGCAGUUUUUGGAAAAGGACAGCACUCUAACUGAGCCGGUGGUGAUGGCUCUGUUAAAGUACUGGCCAAAGACUCACAGUCCUAAGGAAGUGAUGUUCCUCAAUGAGCUGGAGGAGAUUUUGGAUGUAAUUGAGCCCUCUGAGUUUGUCAAGGUGCAGGAGCCUCUCUUCAGACAGUUAGCAAAGUGUGUGUCCAGCCCGCACUUCCAGGUGGCAGAGAGGGCGCUCUACUACUGGAACAAUGAGUACAUAAUGAGUCUAAUCAGCGAUAACGCUGCAAAGAUUCUGCCAAUUAUGUUUCCUGCUCUGUAUCGCAACUCAAAGACCCACUGGAACAAGACCAUCCAUGGCCUCAUCUACAAUGCUCUGAAACUUUUCAUGGAGAUGAAUCAGAAACUAUUUGAUGAUUGUACACAGCAGUUCAGGGCUGAGAAAAACAAAGAGAAGGUGAAGUCAAAAGAACGUGAAGAGGCUUGGACAAAGAUUGAGAACCUUGCCAAAUCAAAUCCACAGUUCUCUAUGUAUGUUGAUUCCUCUGACCUCAAUAGUCCUGUAGCAAUGGAGACGGAUGUUCCUUUGAUAGAAGACUUUCAGAGGUUAAAAAGGACAGUUGAAGGUGCAUCUCAGUUGCAACAUGACCAGCGGCGAGAGCGACCUCUAAUGCGACGCAAAUCUGAGUUGUCUCAGGAUAUCUUCACCGCAAAAGCCUUGGAGUCCCACCGCAGAGCUGAAGACAUGCUGACCUCCCCCGACGGACUUUAGGUCCAGCAGAAUGCCAGCCCUCUGUUCUGCUGCCCGUUCUACCCUCAGUAGCUCCAGAGGCAUGAAUGAUUGACCACAGACUCUGCACCUCCGUCCCACCCAGGACCCAGUCGCACACUGGUGACUUUUUCCAAAACUCUUAGUUACCCC